CCACGCCCCCUCGCGCCCGCCCCGCCCCGCCCCCGAGACGUCCGACCCACGCGGCGCCGAGGCGGCGCGCUGACGUCCGACGCUCCAGGUACUUUCCCCAAGGCCCGCUCGGCUCGACGUGGGGGCGGGGCGGGGCGCGGAGCGCGCAUGCGCCACAGCGCCAGCGCUCUCCCCGGAUAGAGCGGGGCCCGAGCCUCUCCGCUGUGGUGGUUCCGCUCCCGCUCGCGCUCUCCCGCCGCCAUGUCGGCCACCAUCGAGCGGGAGUUCGAGGAACUGGACGCUCAGUGUCGCUGGCAGCCGUUAUACUUGGAAAUUCGAAAUGAGUCCCAUGACUAUCCUCAUAGAGUGGCCAAGUUUCCAGAAAACAGAAAUCGAAACAGAUACAGAGAUGUAAGCCCAUAUGAUCACAGUCGUGUUAAACUGCAAAGUACUGAAAAUGAUUAUAUUAAUGCCAGCUUAGUUGACAUAGAAGAGGCACAAAGAAGUUACAUCUUAACACAGGGUCCACUUCCUAACACGUGUUGCCACUUCUGGCUCAUGGUGUGGCAGCAAAAGACCAAAGCAGUUGUCAUGUUAAACCGAACUGUAGAGAAAGAAUCGGUUAAAUGUGCACAAUAUUGGCCAACAGAUGACCGAGAGAUGCUGUUUAAGGAAACAGGAUUUAGUGUGAAACUCUUAUCCGAAGAUGUGAAGUCAUAUUAUACAGUACAUCUACUACAGUUAGAAAAUAUCAAUAGUGGUGAAACCAGAACAAUAUCUCACUUUCAUUAUACUACCUGGCCAGAUUUUGGAGUUCCUGAGUCACCAGCUUCAUUCCUAAAUUUCUUAUUUAAAGUUAGAGAAUCUGGUUCCUUGAACCCAGACCACGGACCUGCAGUGAUCCACUGCAGUGCAGGCAUCGGGCGCUCUGGUACCUUCUCUCUUGUAGAUACCUGUCUUGUUCUGAUGGAAAAAGGAGAAGGUGUUAAUGUGAAACAAGUAUUACUGAAUAUGAGAAAGUAUCGAAUGGGACUUAUUCAGACACCAGACCAGCUCAGAUUCUCCUAUAUGGCCAUAAUAGAAGGAGCAAAGUACACACAAGGAGAUUCAAAUAUACAGAAACGGUGGAGAGAACUCUCCAAAGAAGAUUUGUCUCCUGUUUGUGAUCAUUCACAAAACAGAACAAUGACUGAAAAGUACAAUGGAAAGAGAAUAGGUUCAGAAGAGGAAAAACUAACAGGACUUUCUUCUAAGAUGCAAGACACUGUGGAAGAGAACAGUGAGAGUAUUCUCCGGAAACGUAUUCGAGAGGACAGAAAGGCUACCACAGCCCAAAAGGUGCAGCAGAUGAAACAGAGGCUCAAUGAAACUGAACGAAAAAGAAAAAGGUGGUUAUAUUGGCAACCUAUUCUCACUAGGAUGGGGUUUGUGUCAGUCGUUUUGGUUGGCGCUUUGGUUGGCUGGACACUGUUUUCUCAGUGAAAUGUGCUGUAAAUAAACAGUUUCACCCAGCACCUUUCUGCACUAGUAGCUGACAGUGAGUGCUACAUUAAUCUCAAGGGUUUGUUAGCAAAUGCCUCAUACCCCAAAACGUUGCAGUAGACUAGACACCAACCAGUAAGGGAUAUUUAGUCACAAGCCCAACAUCUCAGGACUCAUCACUGCAGGUUCCUCUGAGACCCAAACUUCAGUGACUCAAAAUAAAGACAAACGUGCUUGUUGAAAACUGUUACAUCUUACAGCUGUGUUCACACAUGUCGAGCAUCAUGGUUUCACUAACCAAUGUUGAGAAAUCCUUUAUCACAAGGAUUGGCUUUUGGAGGCUUUCUGGAUUUUAACCUGCACUUGAUAUAAGCAAUAAACAUUGUGUGUUUUUUCUACAUUAUUAAUGGAAAGAAAAUAUCCUUUAAAUGAUGUGUGUAAUGUGUAAUGUACUGUUGAAAUGGGCAUUACAACUUUAUAUGCUUAACCAUUUUAGGGUAAAUAUAUUUUAUAAGUACCUAUUUAAUCUUACUUUUGUAGUUAAAUGUACUUUAAAAAUUCAACUUGAAAAUCUGUUACCAUAGAAAAAUAAAUUGUAUGUUGACUCAGUUGUAUACCGGAUACAUUUUCCCUUUCCUGAAUAGAAGUUUGAUAGAGGCAGUUGAAACUAUGAGCGAGCUAUUUCUACUACACAGUUUUAUUUCUUUUGUAUUUUAUGGUUUAUCUUGUUUUAAAAAGAAAAGCAAAGAAACAGAAUUUUUCUAAACAUGUCAUUGAGGGAAAAUUUUCCUUUCUGUGAUAGUCAAGUGACAGUUGGUCAAGACUUAGUUUAAACAACAACAACAACAACAACAAAAACCAUCCUGUUUUCUGCAGGAUGUGAUGGCACACACAGUGCUCAGGAAGCUAAGGCAAGAGACUCAAAAGUUCGAAGCCAGCCAAGACUGCAUAGCAAGGUCCUAUCUUAAAAUAGAAGUAGAAAAGGAGGCGCUGGAGGGGAGGUCAGAAAACACCAAGAAUGAGAAAUUGGUUCUUAGCCAUAGGUGAUGGUGCAAACCUGUCAUCUCAGCACUUGGGAGAUAGAGGCAGAAGGAUUACAAGUUCAAGGCCAGCCAGGACUACAAGAAACACUGUCUCAAAAAACUGAAGUGGUUAAAAGAAAAGAAAUUGAUUUCUGUAAAGUAAAGCCCAUGCAUGACUUACACUGUUCUUUUUUUUUUCCUUUUUUGUGAAAAUGUUAAUGUAAUUACCUGAACAGGAUAAUUUAUGAUUAGUAAGUAAAAGGAGCCAGCGUUUUAUACAUAGGAUUUUAGCCCAUUAGACUGAAAUUUUGAAGUUAAAAAAUUCAGGUUCUUUCUAAGUUCAAUAAAUAGUACGUUGGUGUACAAACUCACAUUGUCCCUUACCUUUGUAAUGGGUUUUUUUUGAAGCAUAUAACCACUAACAGGGUUUUGGUGGUCUCAUAGUCUGUGCUUUGGAUUUCAGGAACAUUACCCAGGCAGUGGAGAUGUUCCAAACCACUAGGACAGCAUCUCCGCUUUGUGUCUUUCAUAUAUCAUGUCAAAUUGCAUUAUAAGGCUUAAUUACUUUAAAUGAGACAGUUAAUUUAAUGCAUUUUGAACACUGUAGGUAUAGCUAGGAGCUGUGAAUGGCCUUGAGAAUCAGUCUUGAAUGUGGUAAAUUUACCGAAAGUCUGAAAGCGGGAUGUAGGUGGUACUGCACACUAAAUACGAUCAUGUAAUGAAUGUCUGAGUCUGAUUCAGUAUUACUAUGUCCUGUAACUUUGAAAUGGAGAACAGGUAAGCAGGAUGUUUCCUCUUGUCAGUUUGCAUUACACCUGUUUAAACAGCAAGAUUCUUAUGCUUUAGAAUAGGUGGUUAUUGGUUUUGAGUGCUAUUUAUUUAUUGGCUUAUUUUUCCAAAAUGCAGUGUGUUAUGUUAGCCUAGUAGGCUUUAUUAAGAUUCCAGUUCAAACAGGGCAAGGUGACUCACACCUUUAAUCUCAGCACUUAGGAGGCCAUCUCAGUGAAUUCCGGCCUGGCCUGGUCUACAUAGCAAGUUCCAAGCCAGCCAGAGAUACACACACUGAGACCCUGGCUUGAAAGAAAGGAGUCCAGUUGAAGAUAGCCUCAGCUUAAACAGCUUCUUACAAGAAAAUACCAAUAAGGCUGCACCCAGCCCUUUCCAGGAUGUGCCUUCUAGAGAUAGCAUUGAACACUGCUCUCUUUGCUUCUCAGUGUGCACUGAGUGCUUCUGAGAACACAUUUGGUAUAGCAGAUCCUCAGGCCCUUUGGCAGGGCUUUUCUUUCUCCUGAGCAGAUCUUUAAGGAGGAGUUUGAACAGCAGCAGCUUUAAAUAACGUUUUUGUACUGCUUACUAAGUGUACAUGGCGUUGGAUCACAGUGCCCAUGGGCAUCAUCCUGGCCUUGUAGGAAGUGAGCUGUGCUGGUGAGACACCAUGCCGUCUUAGGUGCUAGCCAGAGAAGGGAAGUCAGUGGUCUCUGGGGGUUCUACAUCUUUGAACUGUGUGCAUUGGCCUUGUGGUGUUUACUGAUUUUAACUAAUUUAGAAAUAGUUUGACUUUAAUCAAAUUCUUUCUUAAUAAAUUGGGAAAAGAAAAGGUAUUUUUAAAGGGGCUUAUUAUUUACAGAAAAGAAUCCUUAUUUCCUAUCUUUUCCUGCCUUGCUUUAAUGCAUGAUCAGUAGCUACACCUGCGGUUACUUAUGCCUUUCCAAGGUUAACCAGGUACCGUGUUAUAUCUGCUCACUGGUUUCUGUCUAUGCUUGCUCAAACAUAAAGUGUGAAAACAGUUCUUUUUAAAUGUUUGCAUAUGCAGAGACCAUCUGUCAAGUUCAGCAGAGACUCUUAACACAUUUGUCAGCUUUCCACAUCUUGGUUCUUUCUUUUUAUCCAUUUCAUUAUGUGUUAGCAUUUGUACCUAAGAGUGAACAGGAAAAGAAAAAGUGAGAUGUAUUUUUCCAUUUCUAUUCAAAUAGCUGUGCUUUUCAGGUGCAUCAGAGGAAAGCAUCCUAAUCCCCGCGUUCAUUUCACAUGCACUAGACUUGUUCUUCUGUCUUAAAUAAACCAGAGUUGAUGUUACAAAUUCAAAAGUAUGUCCACAUUUUUAGUGACGAUGUGGAACAGCCUCUGGUUCUCUUCCUUGCUCUCUGCACCAGUUCCUGGAGUGGUGACUACCAUUUCCUGCCAAGCACAGAAAGACUCCUGUUGAGUCCUUUCAAAAUAGAGACUGGAACUUGAUGGCAGUAAAAGCAACUUUAUUGACCAUUGUAUACAAUUCAUUUAACAGAUUUACAUUUCUAGAUAUGCCUAUCAAGUCAUUUCACAGGUUAAAAAACUACACUGCCUUCAUUUUUACUUACAGAUACAAAUCUUCAUUUGUGGUUGUUGUUGGGUGGGUUUGUUUAUUCAUUCAUUUUUUGUUUUGUUUUGAGACAAUGUCUUGCUGUUUCCCAAGCAUGGCCUUAAACUCCUCAGCUCAAAUGACUUUCCUCUUCAGCCUGUUGAGCAGCUAACACCAUAGGCACAUGCUGCUGCACACAGCUUUCAAAUAUAAAUCUUUUGUUUUUAAAGAUUUAUUAUGUAUGUAGUGUUCUGCCUGCAGGCCAGAAGAGGGCACCAGAUCCCAUUAUAGAUGGCUAUGAGCCAUCAUGUGGUUGUUAGAAAUUGAACUCAGGACCUCUGGGAGAGCAGUCUUAGCCUCUGAGCCAUCCCUCCAGCCCCAAAUAUGAAUCUUGAGGAGACUGUUUUAAAACUGUAGUCUUUAACCAGAUGUCCCUAGAAGUGUAGCAUGUUUCUUUAAAUGUUCAGAGUUCAGGCUUUUAGUCAAGAUCCAUUCAUACUUCCUUCUAGUAGGGCCAUCCCUGGGUCCUGAUGAGCAGCAUAUGUAGACGUGGCAUGGAUUUUGUGUGGUCUGGUGUCUGGUAGGAAGCUUCACAGGGCUCGUGAGGGCUUCCAUCUGUCUGAACUUGGUCCGUCUGUUGAGUUUGGGACUAAGUGCCAACAGAAAUGCACGUUUUGUUUAUAUGCCAACAGCUAAUAAAGUCUCUUAUUUUUAAGAUUCCUUUAUAUUUCUUUGUCACAGAAUCUUGUAUAUACCUUUUCCCUUCCAAAAUUAAAUGUUUUUCCUCAUUAAAUUUGUUGUCUCAUAACUUGAAAUGCAGGCCUUGGUUAUUGGCAGUGGCUUUCCCCAGAGGAGACCUGUUCUAUUCAUCCUUUCCUUGAACUCACUUGUUUGGGUCGAAUGCCAUUUCUUCCUCAUACUGGUCUUCAGUUUGGAUGGUUGGUUGGUUUUGGUUUUUCAAGACAAGUUUCUCUGUAUAACAGCCCUGGCUGUCCUGGACACUUUGUAGACCAGGUUGGCCUCGAACUCAGAGAUCUGCCUGCUUCUACCUCCCAAGUGCUGGGAUUAAAGGUGUGCACCACCACCGCCCGGCUGGUCUUCAGUUUCUAUCAGACAGUAUCAACACAAUGUAGCAUUUAUACCUGGAAUUACAGCUCUAUAAUUGUCCCACUGAGUAUGGAAGGAGGAACUCAUGUUGUGUCUUCCUCCAUUCCUGCUCUGCCUAGGAGUCAGUCCUCAGUCAGGGACGUGCUACACGGCCAGUGUGCUCCUUCCUGGGCCCUAGGACAGCUUCAAGCCAUCCUGUACAAGUGCUUUCUCUCAGCUGUGGCUACAGGGGAGACCCAUGGUCCUUUGCCAGUGGGCCUCUUCCUUGCUGUCACUGCCCCAGUAUGGUGCCAUUGCCACUGUGAGCCGUGCUUGAGUGGAAAGCUUGGCCUACCUGAGGGGCUUGAUGAAGGCUGACAUUUAGUAUUAAAAGAGCCCUGACCAUCUCUGGGCCGCCUGUCCAGAGAGUGAGUUCUGACUUUAGAGCUCUGCUUGGUUGUAAGAUGCACAGUGGAUAUGAGCAGUGAGUUGUGAGGUCAUCACCUAUAGGGUCUGCUUGGAUGUUAUCUACUUUUUACCUUACCUGCUUGGGGCUGCAACAAGGAGAAUUGCAUGGGAUUUUUUUUUUUUCUUUACAGAGACCAUUUUUAAGAAGCAUCGAAUUAUUCUUUGUAGUCACUCAUUAGGCAUAGAUUUUUCAGACCCAUGAUGCUGUUGAUAUUUUAAAUGACUAUUUUAAAAAAUCUUUUAAGUUUGGAAAGUUGAGGAGAGGAAGCCUGGGUAAGUUCCUUUAAAGCAUGCUUGGCUUACGUGAUUAGCCCUGGAUGAUCAAUAGAAUGCUACUGUCAAUGUCUCAUAGCAAACCAACUUUUUAUGCAGUGUGACUUUCCCUCUGCCAUGGGCUUGUACGCCAUGGAUCAGGGAGGAACACUCCAGUGUUUGCAGCAGUGGCAUGGAGACGGCUGGUACCCAGGACACCCUCACAGCUCAUUCCACUUGGUUUGCCUGGACCCAUUAUUCUUGCCUUGUUAGAAAUAAGGUGGUAAAGAUCCAUUCAAGUAAAUAUAAUAGAACUAUCUAAAAAGCCCACUUACAUUUAUAGUCUUACAAAGAAAGUCAUUUCCUAAAAGUUAUUCUAACGAUUUCCUCUUAUUUUGUUACCUCUAAACACUAUUUGUAAAGAAGUAAUGAGUUCUAGAAACCACAUCUUGUCUAUUUUUAAGUGGCAGUUUUAUUAUUCUUAGUAAAUGUGUAUUUAACAAACACUAGGAAAGGGUGACAAUGUGUGCAUGUUGAACAUCUGCAGUUCUGCCAGCCAGUUUAAAUACUUAAUCUGAGUAGAUUUCAUGACACUUUAGAUAGUACCGUCCGUCAGUCAGAAGUAACUCAUGCAUGAUCACCCAGCUUAGUGCAGAUAAAGUUGAGAUGCAAACUCCAGGCUGUGAUUUCAAUGCCUCCAAGACUCAGGCGUUUCUCAGUGUAUCACACCACUGUUCUUUAUUUCAAGUAUUUAUUUAAACCAGACAUUUAAAUGAGGAAAUAGUAGACAACCCAUUCUUAACUAAAAAUCCGAACAAAUUUGCUUCAUGAAGUGAAAGGGGGAAAAAUCCCUUUUAAAAUACUUUGUGGCCAUGGGUUACCAUAAAUUGUCUGUGCUGAAGCACUACUUCACCCCUUUCUUAACCUCUGAGCCAUCUCUCCAGCCCCAACUUCACCCCUUUCUAUUACAUCCCACAUCCUGCUGCAGUCAGAACCAACCACUUGGGUUCCAGGUUCUGGACUCUUAAAUAAGCGUCAUGGUUUUUCUGUGACCCGCUGACAUCUAAAGAGUAUGGUUUCCUAAUGACAACACUAUGAGUAGUCAGUGUUGAGAAAUCAAACAAGACUCUGUCGAGCACCACAGGAGCUUGGUAGAGCUGCCUGCCUUUGGUGGACAAGCCAGUAGACAAGAAGAAUCUUCAUUCUCAUGAGUGGGGAGGGGACCCUAAAUGAUGGAGAUCUGCUUAUUUCCUGUUUAUGCACGGCAACAAUACAAAAGUAACGAGCAUUUACAUUGGUAGCCUCUGUGUGGGAGAGAGAAGGGGGUGGGAUGGGGUGGGGUAAGGGAGUUGGUGUAAAAAUGGAAAUACUUUUAACCUCCCAAAAGGUUUGGUACUGGCAAAUAAUUGUAAAAUACAGCAAAAACUACUGCUUUUAACAGUCACAUCCUGUCUCUUUGUUUAAAUGCCUUCUCUCUUUUCUGUUUUACUUUUGACAUUAAAAUGCACUGAACUGUCAUGUUUUACUUACUUUAGUAGUCAUAAUCAUUAGUAUUAUCCUUCAGGAGAAAAUACAAAGGCUGAAAAUCCAACUUAAAGGUACAAGCCAACUUUUUGUCCAAACUUUGUAUUUAAACUUUCUAGCAGUGUUACAGUGGUUGUCCAAACUGGAUUAGACUUUUGCAUUGAAAUCAAAGUAUGGGUAAGUCUAGCACAUAUAAUAAAAUCUUGCUAUAUUCUUGUGGCUACAUUAUUUUUUAAACUUGUCUGUCUCUUGGUAUAUUGUGUAGAGGUCAUUUCUUGAAUAAAACAGGGUGGCCUGAAAGAUUCAGUAAUUAUUGAAGUGAGUCACUACGGUACAUCCUAUCAGUCUGUCUCACACCACUACUUCUAUUUGGACACCCGCCAUUUGGGGAGGCACUCAGUGUGACUGGAUGUGACAUGUUGGAAUGGUUUUUGGUUGACUUUUCAGUUCAGUGUUAGUCCUUUCAUGUUUGUAUCUGUGUACAUCUGUGUGUGUGGUAAAUAUGAAUUGAAUAGAUGACUUCUUAUUUUAUGUUUUAGGCCAAGAUUGACAGACACCUAAAUAUUCAUGACUUGAGACUAUUCUGCAGCUAUAAAUUUUGAACGUUUGAUGUGCAAAGCAAGACCUGAAGCCCACUCCGGAAACUAAAGUGAGGCUUGCUAACCCUGUAGAUUGCCUCACAAGUUGUCUGUUUACAAAGUAAGCUUUACAUCCAGGGGAUGAAGAACACCACCAGCAGAAGACUUGCAAACCCUUUAAUUUGAUGUAUUGUUUUUUAACAUGUAUGAAAUGAAGAAAGAUGUAAAGGAAGUAAAUUAGGAGAGACUACUUUGUAUUGUACUGCCAUUCCUAAUGUAUUUUUAUACUUUUUGGCAGCAUUAAAUAUUUUUAUUAAAUAGA